UCCUAGAAAAACACACUUUCCCAUUACGGACUACAUACUCACUUCCAAGAACAAACCGUUUCUUCAGAGUGGAGUACAGCUGAGGUCCUCAUCUCCCCUUUCAAGCUUCAUGAUCCAUUUUGACAGAAGGUUAACACUAACAUAAGAUACAGGUCGGCCGGAGCAUUGAGAGAGGUGAGUGUCAACUUUGAAGGUCAAGCAAGCCACAGUUGAUUUGUUUUGGGUACAAUAGGCCGGAUCGAUCCAGCGCAUUCGCAGCAGCGUAGAUCUCCAUGUUUGGACUUUCGGUUGUUUAAUCACUCGACUGUAUUAAAAAAAGAACUGUAAUUACAUUCGAUCGCUGCAUGAAGAUUGACGCUGGAUUAUGACCCGAUGGAUAAAAUCCUCUUGCUUUGCCAGUGCACAGUCAACUCUUGUCAUGACUAAAAACAAAGAAAUCAGUGGUCAAGUGGAUGUACGAUACUUACAAUUCGCCGGAUAGAUUUCGAGUUCAUCUUUACUGAGAUCUUGAGAAGUCUAACCAACGAUCAAAUGGUCUUCAUAACUGGAGUAUAAAAUCACUCGCAUCAAGCCUAGCAAAGCACAGCUAUAGCAUGUCACAGCCCAAGCUUUCUCCCAUGGCCAUGCAUCUGACCCGAUUCUUCCCGCUCGCCAUCUCACUGCUCCUGCUAGCUCUAUCACCACCAGCCACAUUGCACCAGUGCACAGCGCAGGGCUCGUCGCCGUACAAGCCGCUGGUCUCCCAUCUGGCCAGGGACCCCGCCACCUCCCUCUACACCAUCUCCAUCCAGGACAGCGGGCCGCUCGUCGUGGACCUCGCCGGACCGCUCCUCUGGUCCACCUGCCGGCCCAAACACCCCACCUUCCCCUGCGGAUCCGACGAGUGCACGGCCGCCAACAACAGUGGCCCAUUGGCCAGCAGCCAGGCGCCCAGCAGCGAAUCAUGCGAGUGCACCUGCACUGCGCGGCCGUGCAACCCGGUGACGGGCGCGUGCGCGGCGGGGGACCUGACGCGCUCCGCCAUGUCCGCCAACGCCACCGACGGCCGGAGCCUGCUAGGCUACACGGUGUCCUUCACCUCCGUGACCUCGUGCGCGCCGGACGCCCUGCUGGACUCGCUCCCGGCCGGCGCCGUGGGCGUCGCGGGGCUGUCCCGCGCGCCGCUGUCCCUGCCCUCGCAGCUCUCGUACGCGCUCGGGAGCAGCCGGUUCGCGCUCUGCCUGCCCGGGGUGGCCGUCUUCGGCGACACGCCCAUCUACCUCAGCGGCUUCCCGCUGGAGCUCACGGGCGUCAUCGCGUCCACGCCGCUCCUCAGGAACCCGAAGAACAGAGACGCAUACUACGUCCCCGUCGUGGCCAUCUCCGUGUUCUGGACCACGGCAGGCGCUGCCGCGGACGUCUCUGCCGCGCUCCCGCCGCGUGCGCUGGAGAUGGACACGGCCACGGGACGCGGCGGGGUCACGCUGAGCACCGUGGCGCGGUACACGGCGCUGCGGUCCGACGUGUACCGGGCGGUCCUACAGGCGUACGACGCGUCCGUCCGGAAGGCGCCCCCCGGGUACGCGGUGACCAAGGUGGAGCCGCCGGCGGGGUCGCCGUUCGAGGUGUGCUACGACGCGUGGACGCUGCGGCCGACGAAGCGGACCGGGUGGGACGUGCCCACGAUCCGCCUGGAGCUGGCCGCGGGGGCGUCGAGCAACUGGACCAUCAACAGCGGCAACUCCUUGGUGCAGGUCGCGGAUCGCACCGUGUGCCUUGCGUUCGUCGAUAUGGGCCGUGAGGAUGGGCCGGCGGCGGUGAUCGGCACGUACCAGCUGGAGGACAACCUGCUGGUGUUCGACGCAGGCAAGGACGUGCUCAGGUUCAGCGGCCUGCUCUGGGGUUCCGGCGCCACCUGCAGUAGCUUCAACUUCACCUCCUAGGCCCUAGGAAACGCAGUGCAGCGAUGUGUUGUUGUACUCCAGUAUGUUGACUUCCUUACCGCUUCUUUUCAUCACGCUGCAGCGCAGCAACCAUGCGGGUGAACAAAUAAAGUGAACACAUUUUGUAUGGGUCUUUCUUUUCCUAAUUUUUUUAAUGCGUCAUGAUCA